GAUGACGUAUCCUCGGAUAGAGUAUUAUGGGCUAUCGAGGAUUAUUCAGGCUGAGGCGAGAAAAAUAGCUGCAAGGUUGAAGUAAACAUGGAGCUCUCAGCCGUCGGGGAGCGGGUCUUCGCCGCCGAAUCCAUCAUUAAACGGCGCAUAAGGAGAGGCCGGAUGGAGUAUCUGGUCAAAUGGAAAGGCUGGUCUCAAAAAUACAGCACCUGGGAACCAGAGGAGAAUAUUUUGGAUGAGCGUCUUUUCGCUGCUUUUGAAGAAAGAGAGCGUGAAAGGGAGAUGUAUGGUCCAAAAAAAAGGGGACCCAAACCAGAAACAUUUUUAAUGAAGGCAAAAGCUAAAGAAAAAGGAAAAAACUAUGAGUUCAGACGAGAGAUGUCUCGAGGAAUACAGGUGUCUUUCCCGGUAGCAGAACCGGUUGUGACUCCCAGAGCCCGUGAGGGACUGCGGACUGUUGUGCCAACUAUUUUCCCACCGAGCACCGUCAACAGAGGCGAAAGUGUUCGUGUGCAUUCACCAGACCCUGAGAGAGACCCACUGACGCACGGGACGCCAUUUCACCGCCCGCUGGAUUUUGCCAGCUCACCAAAAAAGCGAGGACCAAAGCCAAAGUUGCGUCCAACUGGAGGUUCAUCCAAUGAAGGCGUUAAAAGAAAGGCAGAUGAACCGUUAUCUUAUCGGCCUUCAAAAACCGAGAGAUCAGGAGAGACCUCUAAUUGUGAUGUCAUCCGUUUAACCCAGAAGUUCCCAGCAGAAUCCAGCCUCGUUCAGAAGCAGAUGGGAAGCAGGUCGAGUGAUGUAAAAUUUACACAUGGUGGCACCAUCUUAAAAGCUGGGCUUGGUGUUUUGGGACAUCGACGGAAGGAAACCUCAAGUGGUGCCAUAAACCAACAACCCAAUAUGACGCAUCCUCCCAAAAACAAUGUAUUUCGAUCCACCGAUCAAACCAGAGAGCAACUGUCUCUGAGUUUUGUAGAUGAAACAGACCAGUCCUGGUUGCCUUGUUUGAAGAAUAUGGAGAAAAUUGUUGUUACUGACGUAACAAGUAACUCCUUGACUGUAACCAUAAAAGAGAGUUCAACGGACAAAGGUUUCUUCAAAGAAAAAAGAUGAUGAGAUUUUAGUGUAUGUGUGUAUGUAUGAAAUAUUGUAAUCAACCUAGAAACGACCCACAUUUCUAUAUCAUUUGUAGUCUUUAAUGUAAAGUCUUGAAAUCAUGUACAUAAUGCAAAAAAAAAAAAC